AUGGAAAAAUCAAUAUUUUCAUUUUUGGCCGUCUGUUUGUUGGUUCACGGUUAUUGCGGUAGCGACUGCUUCAAGUACGUGGCCGCAGGAGCUUGUGCAUCAUUGGGACUGUGGUAUGGUUACCGAUUUUUGAUCAGACCAUUGGACAUACAAAGGAAAUUGGCCGACGUGGGUUACGAACAGCACUUCACACAAAAGCAAUGGGUGUCAAAAGAUAAGUUACACCUGAUACGAUCCAUGAUGAAACUAAGGAAAAAAGGAACGUUGCCGCCAGUCUAUCCGAAUGGAUGGUUUGCGCUCCUGGACUCCGAUCAAGUCAUCGUCAAUCAAGUUAAGUACGUGACGGCUCUAGGAGAAAAUUUCGCAGUGUUUCGUGGGUCCAACGGCGACGUCAAUAUAUUAAAUGCUUAUUGUCCUCAUCUGGGUGCUAAUAUGGCUAUUGGAGGAAUAGUUAGAGGAAACUGUCUUCAAUGUCCAUUUCAUGGAUGGACAUUUGACGGUACCAAUGGGAAGUGCGUCCGAAUUCUGAACGAUUGUACUAAUGGAGUGUCAUCGAAGGCAGCGUCGGUGAGGAGAUGGGAGAGUUGCGAAGCCAACGGGUUCGUGUUCGUGUGGUACCAUGCGGAGAACGAGGCGCCAUCGUGGCGGCCGGCCAGAGAAGUCAUGGCCGGCAGCGGCUGGACGUACCGCGGCCGCAGCGAGCACUAUGUGAACGCGCACAUCCAAGAUAUCCCGGAAAAUGGAGCGGACGUGGCCCAUCUGCCGGCACUGCACGGCCACAUGGCCCUCGGCGGUCAGUACGCCGCGCAGGCCGACCGGUCGCUGUGGAGGUGGCUCGGCGUCCACGAGUGGACGGCCGCGUGGCGGGCGGACGGCACCCGCGGGCCACACGUGUCCACGCUCGAUCUGCAGCACGGGCUAGUGGUGUUCGGCAAGUUCGUCGUUUUCAAAAUGAACGUGGAAGCGCAACAGAUUGGUCCUGGAUUAGUGAUUUUAAAUUUUAAAACCAGUUUUGGGCCCAUAAAAUUGGUACAAGUUGUAACCCCUGUCGAACCAUUGAUUCAAAAAGUUGUACAUCGUAUCUACUGUCCAGUGUAUUUGUCACUCUAUGCUUCAAUAGUUUUAUUUAUGGAAGCUGCAAUGUUUGAGAGAGAUGUAGUCAUUUGGAACCACAAGAGUUACAUUGAAAAGCCUUUAGCUUCAAAACAAGAAUCAACACUCUUGGCACAUAGAAAAUGGUACAAACAAUUUUAUAGUGCUAAUAGUAUACAAUUUAGUAACAGAAAAGAAACAAUGGAUUGGUGA